AUGCCAGUGUCAGCAACACCAACCACCGCCUCUCACCAGCGCGGGAGAUCGCAGGACAACCUCCCGCCAGACUCGAGGCUUUCAACUCAUUCAUCAUCCUCUCAUCAUCCUGAUGUCUUGUCCAACUCGCGCUCCAUGUCCGGAAGCUCUUCCAUUUCGGACAGGUCAGAUCGUCUGCCGUCCACGUCGCCCUCUUCCCCUUUGCUCUCUGCGCGUAGACCUAGCACCGCUAGAUCAGAAGCCUCGGCAAAGUUGAAAGCCACCCUCUCAGCCGCCUCUUCCGACAAGUCGUUGGCUCAGCGCACUGCUCCCGCUGGACGCUCCGCAAGCGUCUCCAAUCAUGACCGUGCUCAAAAUGCCACUUCGUCCAUCUCUGCAUCUGUCUCUGCAUCUGCCUCUAGCCCCACUCCGCGUCGUCCAUCAUCUGGUCCAGACAGUGCCCACCUUCAACCUCCACCAAGCUCUUCCACCCUGGACGAAUCCAUCUCCAACCAUUCCAUCAAUGCGUUUCGCACCGAUGCCGCCAACCUCCCAGCCAUCCCGGUACAGGCUUACACCCACAGCCCAAACCAACCAGGUCCAAACGGCGUCCAUCCUCUCUUCAACGAACCCGAAGCUCUGAAAUCAUUUGCAACUCCCUACCUUUCAUCUCAGACGAGCGCCAACCCUGCUCCCCUUUCAACGUCCCAAGCGCCGUUACCCACCGCCACCGCUUCCCCCAACGGCCGCGUGCGUUCCCACACAGCUGCUCCUGCCAAUGCCGCCCCGUCCCCUUCCAGCUACACCGCCAAUGGUUACAACUUUUCACAGAACGGCUCUCGCAGCAUGCGCACAAGUCCUCAGAUGCGUGCCUUGUCGCACCACAAUCACGCCCUCGUGCCUUCCCUUCAAGCUCUCGGUGCCGGCAUUCUCACCUACCCCAACCCCGCCAACAACGCCAACGCUACCAACGCUACCAACGCUAACAACGCCGUCCCAACCAUCCCAGCUACGAGCCCCAGCAGUCAUUCGCACUCCCAUUCCGGCCCGCACUGGGAGCGCCACACCAGCGAGCUCACCAACUGCAUCGUCGCUUUCCUAUCCCCCAUCCUCCCCACCGAGGAAGAGUACAGAAUCAAAGAGGCCACACGCCGUCAGCUCGAGCGACUCGCCAAUCGUGUCAGUCCCGGCGCCAAGCUCCUCGCUUUCGGUUCCAUGGCCAACGGCUUUGCUCUUCGCAACUCGGACAUGGACCUCUGCUGCUUGAUGGGAAAGCGCGACGACGCUCAGCCAACUCCCCAGCACACCGCCUCCGAGCUUGUAGAGAUUCUUGGUCAGCUCAUCCGAGAAGAGACCGACUUCACCGUCAUGCCUCUACCAAAAGCCAGGAUCCCUAUCAUCAAGAUCAGCCGCUCCCCCACCGCCGACCUGCCCUACGAGAUUGCCUGCGACAUUGGCUUUGAAAACCGACUUGCGCUCGAAAACACGCGUCUACUGCUCAGCUACGCCAUGGUCGACCCGCAACGCCUUCGCACUCUCGUCCUCUUCCUCAAGGUGUGGGCCAAGCGCAGAAAACUCAAUUCGCCGUACAUGGGCACCCUCUCGUCGUACGGCUAUACGCUCAUGGUCCUCUUCUUUCUCACGCAUGUCAAGAAGCCAGCUGUGCUGCCCAACCUCCAACGCGUGCCCCCGACACGCCCCAUGAAGCCCGAAGAGAUGGAGCUCAACGGCAACAACAUCUACUUUUACGAUGACGUCGCAGCGCUGCGCAAGUCGUGGAGCUCCCAGAAUACCGAGAACGUCGGCGAACUGCUCGUCGACUUUUUCCGCUACUUCAGCAAGGAGUUUAGCUAUGCGCGAGAUGUGAUUUCUCUGAAAUCAGAGACUGGAUUGUUGUCCAAGGACAGCAAGAGCUGGAACGCCGAGCUCUGCAUCGAAGACCCUUUCCAAGAGGGAUACAACGUCUCCCGCACCGUCACCAAGGACGGCCUUUACACCAUCCGCGGCGAGUUUAUUCGUGCCAGCCGCUUACUCACCAACACGCGCGGCCAGAAGAUAUCGGUUCUCAUCGCCGAGCUGUGCGAGGAGCGCGAGGACAGCCUCAGCCGUGCUCCUGAUGGGCCCACUCCUCUGCAGCACUAUGCGUACAAUUCACAUCUAGCUAUGGCUCCAGGAAACGGCGCUAACUUCUACGGUGCAGGCCCAGCUGGUGGCCGUCACUAUCGAGACACGUACGGCACCCAUCGACGCUACGAUGCUAGCAGCAUCAGUGGGUAUGGCGGCAGUUUUGCCUUUGAGCAGAUGGCACGCGGGCUUGGUCAGGGAGUCGCGUACCCGCCUACGGCUGCGAUGCUGGCACCGCUAUCGCGUACACAUGGACUAAGCCCCAAACCGCAGCCGCCGCGCUUUGCGGCCGCCGCAGCUGCCAACAUGCACAACGCCGCAGAGGCAGGGGCGUCGUUCAGCUCGGCUCAAAGCGACUCGGGCGGCUAUGCUCCGCUCGACUUCACAAGAGCCAGCAUCGGCCAUGCUUCGGCGCGUACUUCGCCCUCGUUCAAACACGCUGUUCCUGCGGGAUUCUCGUCAAACGGAGCUGGCGCUCAAGAAGCUUUUGCGUACGGCGCAGAGAUCAGCUUUGGUGCUCCGGCGCUGGCUUCCACUCGCGACGAUCUGGGCAGCACGCCGCGCGGAAAGACAUCUCGCUCGUUCUCCGAGACGCUGAAUCGGUCCAAGUCGUUGCCUCGCGCUGCUGUCUUGGCGAAUGGUGGUCAUCACCGGUCUCAACCGGCCGGUAACGCUGCUGCUAUGUCAUUGGCGCCUCAUGCGCAUACCGUAGCUGGAUCGAUACCCACGCCUGCGCCAGCCACGUUCUACGAGUCGGGUUCACCGCAGUCGCUUGCGCCGGCGGAGCUCGAGUCGCGGAUGGCCACACUGUCGGUACAGCAGGCGGCGGGAGCAUCGACGUCGGGUGCAGAACCGGGACGGCGCAGGUUGUCCAACUCAAGCCAAGCCUCUUCGUCGGCGCACUUUGACAGUAACAGCGCCAGCGCUAGCACUCGGCAUUGCUCAUCGGCGAGCUCGCCAUGGUCGUUGGGGCCUGCAGUUGUGGAGGGUAGGCGGGCGUCGCACCCACAGCACCAGGCGGAUACGCACACGCUGGUGCAAGAGUAUCUGCGACGAGCAGCUCAACUCGGUACGGAGCCAAUGCUGUCUAUCGAUGCGGACAAGCUGGCGCUGCGGGUGCAAGAUGAUGGGGACGAUGAAGAGGCAUGCUCGGUGAUCAGUGAGGCGACGCUGGACGAACUGGCGCGACUGUCAGAGUUGGACGACGUCGAGUCGGCUGCGAGUCCUGAAUGGCGUGCUGCCGAGGCGUCGGGGGAGAACGUGGCUCCAUCCCCGCCGACGAGUUCGCUUCGGUUGCCAGAAUCGAUCUUGCAACAGGCCAAGCGCAGGAAGGCUCAGCAGCACAAGCAGGUCGCAGCGGCGGCAGCAGCAGCGGCGACCAGUGGCAUCGCCAGGAAGGAUCGUGAGAGCGCAACGAGAUAG